AUGACGCCAAUGUAUGAGUUUACGACUCCACCUCCAAAGCGUCCGCCAGUGACUCACGUCGUGGCGCCGCCUGUGUCGGGAAACGGAAUUGUCUGGGUGUGCCUCGGGACAUGUGGUCUAUCAACAUCUACCGAUUCUUCAACGCCUCCGCACAUCAUCUUCAUUCUGGCUGAUGACAUUGGCUGGAACGACGUCAGUUUCCACGGGUCUCGACAGAUUCCGACGCCCAACAUCGACGCCCUGGCGGCCACUGGUGUCAUACUGCAGCGCCACUACUCGGCGUCCACCUGCACACCCUCGCGGACGGCGCUGCUCACCUCUGUAUAUCCGGCUCGCACGAACGUUGGCUACGUGGCGUACCCCCCUGCCUCGGAGCAGUCGCUGUCGCUGCGCUUCGAGCUACUGCCGCAAUGGUUGAAACGACUCGGAUACAGCACGCACAUGAUCGGCAAGUGGCACCUGGGGUACUCGAGCGUCGAGCACACGCCCACUUGGCGCGGCUUCGACACGUUCUUCGGCUACUACAACUUCGGAGGCUUCUACUUCAACCACAGCGUCGAAUGGCAAGGUCACUGCGGCGUUGACCUCUGGCACAACGUUGGUCAUUCAAUGCAGCCCGUCACCGACCUGAACGGCGUCUACUCCACGCACGCGUUUACCCGUCGGGCCACGCAGAUCAUUGCCGAACACGAUCUUCGAAAGCCGCUGUUCCUGUUCCUGAGUCACCAGGGCAUCCACGCCACCUGUGACAACUGCACCACCGAGGCGCCCCGGGAGAACACGGACAAGUUUGCCUACAUCGAGCAACACAAUCGCACCGUAUUGGCCGCUUCUUUCGGACGUCCAUUUCACGGCGCAUGCGCAGGAGCCCUGGACGUUCUGGACGAGUCCGUGGGACAAGUGUUGGCGGCCCUGCAGCAGCGGGACAUGCUUGCCCGCAGCGUGGUGGUGUUCGCGAGCGACAAUGGGGCUGCACCACUGGCAACAGUGAACAGCGAACUGCCCAACGGUGGCAACAACUGGCCUCUGCGAGGGACCAAGGAAGGCGCCUGGGAAGGCGGGGUGCGGACGACGGCGUUGCUGUGGUCAGCCAGCCUUCGAGACACUCUGCCGAGACCACCCUCCCAGCAGUUGAUGCACACGGUGGACUGGGGACCAACUCUUUACGCAGUCGCAGGUGGCAACGUUUCGGAGCUGGGUGACGUAGACGGCAGUGACCUAUGGUAUGAGCUGUCCACAGGAAAAGGCGUAGGACGCAGCGAGGCUCUCCUGCAGCUCGGGGAUCGGGACGAGCUGUCGGCCAUCAUCUCUGGCAGGCAAGAACUCAAGCUUAGAAAUCCUUUCCCCGAAAUCCCGCUAGGUGGAGGAUGGGUCACAUAG